AUGGCAGCUCCGACCUGCAGAGCAGGCCUUACGGAUGCGGUGGUCGGUUUGAUAUUACCUAAAUCACCACCAUCCCCAGCAUAUCCUCCACCAUCACCAGCCCCAACAUCGCCGCCACCACCAGCGCCGGCCGGUUUGAAUCCACUCUACUACGCCAGCAGCUGUCCCUCGGCUACUGCUUGGGUGCAAAACAUGACUUCUAAUAUGGUUGCAGAUGACAGGACCAUGGCUGCAGCCUUCCUGCGCUUGCACUUCCAUGACUGCUUCGUCCGUGGAUGUGAUGCAUCUGUUCUCCUGGACUCGACUUCGGGGAACACUGCCGAGAAGGAUGCACUGGCCAAUGCCAAUUCCCUAAGAGGAUUUUACCAAAUCGAUCAGAUCAAAGCACAAUUGGAAUCGGUUUGCCCUGGUGUUGUUUCGUGUGCUGACAUCCUAGCUUUGACAGCUCGCGAUGCGAUCGUGACGAUCGGAGGCCUUUCGUGGGUCGUAUAUCUGGGAAGAAAGGACGGAGUAGUAUCCACUGCAGCGGAGGCCAUGGCUAGCUUACCUUCUCCUUUUUCCAACUACACGGAGCUCACCCAGGCAUUCGCCAAAGUUGGACUCGGCGAGAAAGAUUUCGUCGUGCUUUCAGGUGGGCACACAAUAGGCACAGCGAAGUGUGGAAUUCUCUUCAGCCGCCUGUACACAUUCACUGGACCGGGAGCCAUCAACGGGACGGACCCGACUCUGAACGCAGAUCUGGCCGCGUUGUUGAAGCAGCAAUGCCCACAGAAUGCUCCCUUGAACACGGUUUUCAUGGACCCAUCAGGAAGCUUUCCCGGACAGACUUAUGACAAUGGCUACUUCAUGCAGGUCAAGGCCAACAAGGGCGUGUUCACUUCUGACGCAGCUCUUCUGACAAGCUCGUUCGCCGCGAGUCUUGUGGCCCGGGAAGCGAGUGCAACGUCUCCCUUCAUGAAAGACUUCGGGAUCUCCAUGCAGAAAAUGGGGACGGCUGCUGCUCCUGCCGGAGCUGUCUUGGAGGUUCGAAAAAACUGCCACUUCGUAAAUUAAAUCACUUCAGAGUCGAUCACCUUGAACUGCAAAUCUGAAAGUAGGAUGAGAGGCAACGUGGGCACCGAUUGCUCAUUAGAAUCGCAUUGUCAGAGUAGAGAACCCAGAAAUUAGAAUUCCAGGACUUACUCGUUGAAAUAGCUGAAUGUAGUAGAGAGGGAAUGAAAUAUCGUCAAGAUUUCAAUAAUUGUCUUCUGGGACAAUCGGCCUUUACGGUCUGUGGAUACAUGAGUAUCCACAGACCGUCAAACCAGUCAACCCAGGCCAUUACAUUAUUAAAUUAUAAGAGAGUUUGCU